AUGGCUUUUUACACUUGUAACCGAUACAGAUUGAUAGUUUUAAUAAUGUUGGCAUUGAUUAUGUGGCAAAGCUUCAGGUUGUUUUUAGUAGAUAAACCAAAACCUCAUGUAAUAGAGGAUAGCUCACUGAAUAUAUUACGGUUAGAAGAUGACAAAUACAACAUACACAAACAAGACAAGAUUAAAAUAAGAGUUUAUUAUGAAGCCCUCUGCCCAGACUCAAAACAUUUCUUCAUAAGGCAUUUGUGGCCAGUAACAGAAAAGUUAUCAGAUUUUAUAGAAGUUUUUUUGGUUCCAUAUGGCAAAGCUAGUACCAAAGAAGAAAAUGGCCACUACUUUUUCCAAUGUCAGCAUGGCGAACAAGAGUGCUAUGCUAACAAGGUUCAUGCAUGUGCAAUUGAUGUACUUAAUAAUCCGAUAAUGGCCGUUAAACUUGCCCAGUGUAUGAUAACUGACAAUAUGGAUGCUGAUGAGGCUUUAGCUAGGUGCGCAAAACCCAUGAAUGUAGAUCCAGAGCCAAUCACAAAUUGCGCUUUGAGUGCUCAUGGUUCAGCCCUCCUUAAGAAGCAUGGUGACGACACAGAAAUGAUCAAACCAACAUUUAUACCAACCAUUACAAUGAAUGGCUCAAAAGACAACCAGCCGGCCAUCCUUAAGAAUUUUCUUCUUGAAGUCUGCAAGAUGAUAGAUAUACCGUUGCCACCUCCAUGUUUGUGA